AUGGUGGACUGGGCACCCGUUCUGCUUGGGUUGAUGUUGUUCAUACUGCUGUCUCCUGGUCUUCUGUUUCAAUACCAGGAAACACCCGGCAUGUCGAGUUUGGAAGCUUCACCACAAAUGGCAAGGCCAUUCUUGUCCACACACUCAUUUUCUUUGGCAUUUUCACCAUCCUCAUAUUGGCUUUUGGCAUCCACAUCCACACUGGCUGAUCGAACUUAG